CGACCUACCCCGUUGAGAAGAACAAAGAAACGAACAAACAAACACCCCUGACGGAACAGCAGAAAACCGAGCAAAAAGACCGGAACUUCAAGCAGAAAGUCUACCUCGUGAACAAGCUGCGCACCAUCGUGCACGAACAGAAGCUGACCAACGCAGAAAUCGACGACUUGGUGCGGAUUGCCGCCAACGUCCUGCAACAGAAAUUCGACAUUUUGCAAUUGAAAGUCGAGGAACUGGAACUCAUCCCGGGGAUCGGGUUCGCGCAGCCGCACCAUUUGAAGGGCCCGAAUAAGAAAAAUUUGACUUCGGAGCAGCAAAUCAGGGUGAACACGUUGUUGCGCAAGCGGGAGGAGCUGGAGGAAACGCGGGUGCUCGGGAAAAAGAUGGCGGAAUACAAGUGGCGCGUUCCUCCAAUUACAACAGCAGAGGAGCAGCAUAUUAAUAGAGCUACAUCUGGGCCGACCCUAACCACGGGCGGCCUCCGCCUUCCCUCCCCGCC